UCGGCCCGCCCCGCACGGCCGCCGCCAUGGCGGGCGGAGCGCGCCGCCUGUACCGCCGCAUCCUGCAGCUGCACCGGGCGCUGCCGCCCGCCCUGCGCCACCUGGGCGACCGCUACGUCAAGGAGGAGUUCCGGAGGCACAAGGCGGCCGGGCCUGCCGAGGCCCAGCGCUUCCUGCGGGAGUGGGAGAACUAUGCAGCACUGAUCCAGCAACAAAUUAAUGAGGACAAACAAAAUGUGAGAGAAAAGGCUGUAUAUGGAAUUCAGCUCACAGAAGAAAAACUUAAUGACUUCCGUGAUGAACAGAUUGGGCAGCUGAAGGAACUGAUGGACGAGGCUACCAAACCUAAUAAAAAAAUCACCAUUUCUAAAGACUCGGAAUACAAAACCUAAAGGAUUAAAAAAAUUAUUUUAAUGCAUAUAGAAGCAUUUCGAAACUGCUUUUUCCAGUUGUACUUGAAUGUGGUUUCUCUGAGAUAAUGGAUGCAGCUAUGCUAUAACUUGUCUGAAAUGGAUGUGUUUGGCUUUCUGUGCAAGAAUAAAUGAAAAAAUGGAAUAAUCACAA